ACGAUUAAUCAAGGCCUCUCAACAAAAAUAUUGGUAUCUCAAGAAAUCAAAUCACGGAACGACGACGCCCACGGUAUCAUAAACAGCAAAAAGUGGUACAAUGACGACAACCGAUAUCGAUCCAUACCUAAUCAGUUUAUGUCGCCAACUUGAAAGCCCAAGAGAUCAGAUUAAUUUGGGCCAGGAAUCUGAGGGAAACUGCUCUAUAUCCCUGGGCUUUCUCUCUCUUUCUAUAUAUACUUCAUUUGAGCUUAAAUAUCUUUCGUCAUCCCUCGGAAAGUGUCGCCUUUUUCAUCUAGAAAUCGAAGGAGUUGAUGAUCUGGAUUGGGAUCCUAUACUGAACAACAAUCAUUGUGUACUGAAAGAGCUUGUUGUCACCGUAAAAUCGGUUACAGCCUUAGAGCAUUUAGUGAAUGCUCUGUGUCAUAACAAAACCUUGACAAAUCUUGAGCUUGAUUACUACCAUCUUGAUGACACCAUAAUAGAAGAGAGAGAAAACAACCACUACAACGACUAUUGCGAAGAUAUUGGUGAAAUACCGAACAAUGAACAUUUAAAUGAACAUUUAAAUGAAAAUCAUGCGUCAUCGACGGCCCUCGACGAAAGAUUCCUGAAGGCUCUCCUGCCUUUACAGCAUGUUGUUCUUAGGGGUAUCACUCCCUCCCGGGCAUUGGAUAUUGCAGUUUUCGACGAAAAGAACCGUGCAAUUUCGUGCUCUUGGGAGUAUUUGACGUUAGAARACUGUGAUCUGACAGGGGAUAAUACGACAUGGCUCACUCAAUGUAUUGCAAAUUUAAAGAAGAUAGAAAUAGAGAACUGCCAACUCUCUGAAUCGACGAUGAAAUUCCUCUCAGAAGCUUACUUGACUAUCUCAACUCCCAGAUUUGCGACUUCCCGAGAGUCACAUGGGCGUCAUCGAGGAAGAGAACUGCGCCGAAAAAAUGCUCUUGAAGUAUUGGAUCUCUCGAAUAAUGAUUGGUUGCUGCCAACGUGCGACGUAGGUCUUGAGGUGGACAACGACUGCCAAAUUAGCACCCCKGAGUAUUUUGAUGCCUAUGGGGUGCAACCCGAGAGAAGAAAGGCACUACCGUCUCCAUCAUKUAUGACAUUGCUUGCGUCGUGGUUAGAUUCACUCUCCAAUCUAAUAGAACUCGACUUAUCCGACAACCCUCAAUUAUUUGACAGAGGKAUGUCUGGAAACUGUAACCGRAGCAUGAUAGACUUAUGCGGAACAGUAAAUCAAUCGUUGAAACGAUUGAGUCUCCGCAAUUGCUGUUUGAUACCAAAUGACUUGAAUCACCUUGUAAAUACUUUUUGCUGGUUGGAAGGAUUGGAUCUUUCGGAAAACCCAGAAUUAUCCUCCGAUCUUCAGCCCCUGUCUCAGUUAGAAUAUUUGACAGAGCUGGUUUUGGAGAACAUGUUCGUGAACGACUCGAACGAUUCUUUUGAAUUUGAACGACURCUGUGCGACGAAGAUUUUGGUAUAUGCACAUUGGAACAGGGGCUGAUCGAUCUUUUGCAUGAUUUACUGAGUGGCGAGAGUUCAAACUKUGACAACCUCGGCGGGAAUCCGAAAARAAGCGACUUUGGUCAGCUUCGACGAAAACCUUUAGAACGUCUGAAUCUAUCAGGCAAUAUUUUGAGCAAAAAAACUAUGAACAUUCUGUCAAUGUUCAAGUCACUAAAAAUUCUGAUCCUGAUGGGUUGCCAAAUUAAUGGGGAGGGGAUAUUAGAAUUAUUGAGUGCCACACACAAAGAUUCGUCAUUGAGGGAGUUGUAUAUAGGGUCGAACACUAUUAGUGAUACUGGUGUUUUAGCUUUGGCAAAGAGCUUAAAGCGACAACGUCUACCACGACUCAAGGUUUUGGAUAUGGAAUCAAACGUGAUUUCAGUCGAGGCCUUUCGUGUCUUUGUUGAAGACGGUUUGAUACAUAACAAACGUCUUGAAUUUGUGGAGGUAUCGAGUGAUGGCGCAAUUUCUCAUAAUCAACAGAAAACGUGGAACGAAUUGGAAGAAAUAAUGAACCAUAAUCUUUUGUUGAAUCAAGCAGGGCGGUUUACUUUGUAUAUAGACAGCAACGAUAAUGGGAAUAAAAACACAGAUUGUGAAAUCGAAAUUCUUCAUGAGUUCAACGGCAACGGCAGGGAUGUUACUAAUCCAGAAAAGAACUGUGUUCCAAAAAUGAUGACCGUUCCAACCAAUCUAUGGCCAUUCAUCUUGGAGGAUGCGGAUGCAAUUUACGGACCCGAUGCACUAUUUUACUUUUUGCACAAACGCCCCGAUUUGAUUUUUUCUUCCAAGCUGCCACCUCAAACAUUGUCAAAGAUAGACACAAUGCAAAGCGCCGACGAUUCUUUGACUACACCCAUUAAGUCUGCUCCACAAACUAGCAGUCCCAAGGGUGUUGCCGAUGUCGCUGCUUAUUUAUGAUAGUGUACAGACAAUUGCGACAAACUAACAAUUGUUGGGAAACGCAAUGUCCUUGGUCCAAAUAUGCUAUAUUCAAGUCAGAAACUACUGUUGCAUCAUAGAGUAGAUUUUCAGAAGAUAAUAAGUACUUAUGCUGCUAGUAAAGUUAUUAAGAAGAGGGCCUUUUGCCUCUUUUAGACUUCUUUUGUCUGAGAGAGAAAUGAUGGACAUCAAAAAAUUGUAUCACAAUUACCACAACAGAGUUCAUGAUUUUUGUUAUGAUAUAACCAGUGACAGUGGUUAUCUGGUGGUUUUAUUGAUUGACGACAAAACCAAUAGGCAGGCUAUCAAGUACUUCAUCUGUUCUCAAAUAAAUGUCYCUUUUGCAC